AUGCUAGACGUGACAAUCGUCGGCGGCGGCAUCGCCGGCCUGACUGCCGCAAUCUCGCUCCGCCGCGCAGGGCACUGCGUCACCAUAUACGAGAAGUCGGCAUUGAACAACGAGAUUGGCGCGGCAAUCAAUGUCCAAACCAAUGCUUCACGACCUUUGGUUGCGCUCGGCAUGGACCCUGUGCGCGCGAGAUUCGUGCCAGCCAGGGGCAGCAAGAGGUUGAAAGGCGAGACUCUGGACUUGGUUCACUCACUUGAGCUUGGGGUCAUUGCGAAUGAGUAUGGAUCACCAUGGUACUUUGCGCAUCGUGUCGACUUGCAUCAAGAGUUGAAGCGCAUGGCUACAGCGGCUGACGGCGGUCCUCCGUUGACUAUCAAAUUGAGGAGUGAGGUUACGAGCUAUGACCCCGAGAACGCGGCAAUUGGUCUCAGCGACGGCACAACAAUCACUUCAGACCUCGUAGUUGUGGCAGACGGCAUCCACAGCGCCGGCGUCGAGGCUGUUCUAGGUUCCUCGAAUCCCGCAUACCCAGCUGGGCAAGACAACUUCUGUUACCGUUUUCUACUUCCCAUGGAGGAAGUUCUCGGCGAUCAAGAGACGGCCCAGCUAUUCGAUGACGCAAACUGGCACAGCCCUGUUGAUAAGUCGCAUCUGCUCGAGACGUUUUCCAACUUUCACCCGAGCGUCAUUGCUCUCCUGAAGUUUGUUGAUGUCGUCAUUGUAUCUGGCGGCUUAUCCGGCGGCGCACAAGCAAUAGAAGACGGCGUUGCUCUCGGCAUCUGUCUCUCCAACAUCUCUUCGUCAAUAUACGUGCCAGAAAGGCUGGAGAUGUUUGAAAGCAUCAGGAGGAACAGGGCUAGUGCUGUCACCAUCUUCAGCAAUGCAGCGCAGGAUGAGGCCGAGAAGAUCAGAGAGGCUGCUUCGGAGUUCGUUCAGCCGGUUGAGAGAAUCCCCAGUGAGUAG